AUGGCUAACAUCCUGGAGCUGCGUACAGACGGCAAUUCGCUCCUGAAGGCGGUGUGGCUCAGACGCUUGAGGCUCACCAGACUCCUCCUGGAGGGCGGCGCGUACAUCAACGAGAGCAAUGAACGUGGCGAGACGCCUCUCAUGGUGGCCUGCAUGUCAACGCACAGUGACCAGCAGAGCGUCAGCAAGUCCAAGCUGGUCAAAUAUUUACUGGACAACCAAGCGGACCCCAACAUACAGGACAAAGGUGGGCGUACCGCCCUGAUGCACGCCUGCAUCCACGAGGCGGGACACGAGGUCGUGGACAUCCUACUGAGCAAUGGGGCCGAUCCCAGCCUGGAAGACAGAGGCGGGGCCUCCGCGCUGGUUUACGCCAUCAACGCAGAUGAAAAGCAAACGCUAAAGCUGCUCUUGGAUGCUUGCAAAGCCAAAGGCAAAGAGGUGAUCAUAAUCACAACCGAUAAGUCGCCAUCUGGCACCAAAACAACCAAACAGUACCUAAACGUUCCUCCGUCCCCAGAGCUGGUUGAGAAGUCGUCCCCUGCCUACUGCGCCUCACCUUCUGAUAUCGACGUCUCUGCGUCUCCCACAAUUGAGCAAGAGCAGCAAAACACCGUCUUUAGCUUCCAGACAAAGCUGAAAACGUCCUGCUCUGCCAACAAACUGGCCAAUGGGCCCACGUCGCCCACGCGGCGGGCCAUCAGCCACAAGCGCGCGCGUUUACCUCAGCUGAAACGCCUGCAGUCGGAGCCGUGGGGGCUGAUCGCACCUUCGGUGCUGGCCGAACGGGCGAACAGCCACGACGAAAGCAAGAAGGCCAGCUCGGACGAGGACGUGGUGGCGGGUGUGAACGGUCUGACUCUGAGCAAGAGAGCCGCUUUGUCUCGGCAGAACAGCGUGGACGGCAAAGAAAGCUCAUUCCCACUGGUGGGCGAGCAAGGCUGCAAAAUGACAACCUCUCUGUCAGUUCCCCCGACCUCUAAAGCUGCGUACGAGAGAUCUCUAAACCAACACCAACCCUUGGCACGACGCAGCACCAUACCUACCGAACAGGAGGGCGGUGGCGCUGGGCGCCCUGGUCUCAGAGACAACGUGCACAAGAGACGACUUGGGAACGACCACUACGACUCCGACUCCCAGCUCUACUCUGACUCCGUCAUGCUGGACUCUCCAAAGGUGCCAGUGGAGCGCAGAAAACUGAACACUUCCCCUCUGGCCUUGCUGACCAGCUCCAGAGAGUCUCUAGACAGCAACGCCAGCACAUCCUCACCUAGCACUGUUCGCAGGCGUCCACCGGGCCUCUUGGAGAGGAGAGGCUCUGGCACCCUGCUUCUAGAUCACAUCUCCCACACCAGGCCUGGCCACUUGCCACCGCUCAACGUCAACCCCAACCCUCCCAUCCCUGACAUUGGCACCAGUAGCAAGCCAUCCUCGCCUUUGGCCAGUGGUAUUCGAUCCUUAGCACCAGUAGCACCAAACACACCAAAGAGAGGCGGGUUAAAGUGCAAGAAGAAACUUGUGAGAAGGCACUCUAUGCAAGUGGAGCAGAUGAAGCAACUGUCUGACUUUGAGGAGCUGGCUCAUCAGUGA